UUGAUGAAUGGAGAGAAUUAUUGAAUUAAAUUUUACAGUCAAUCAAAUGUGGUUAAAUGAAAUAUGAAAGAUGUGCUAAUAAUAAUCUAUAAUAUACAUUAUAAAUUAAAAUUCCAAUCUUAGAUAGUGAUGGAUAAUAACUUUAUUUUAAUUUGGCAAUAUUUUUAGUACAAGCCGCGAAAUUCAAAAUAAUGACAUAAUUCCGAACGAAAAAUCAAUAGAUGUCGCAAAUUGCUAGAAUUUAAUACUUACUUGAUCGGAUGGUUAUUAUUUUUUAAUGAUUUGUUAUUAUUUAAAGCUACGAAUACUUUAUCAUAUUAAUUUGGUUUCUGAGCGAUUUUGGCCUCAUGCCAAUAAUUCAUUCUAUAACUAACUUCAGCCUGAAACUAUAUGAAGUGUGGGAUACAACUGCGCUGCAUUUCUAAUAUUUCCCUACGAUAUAUCAGUUUCUACAGUAGAUUAAGAAAGAUGAAAUUUGUGACACUUUCUCAAACUAAAAAUUUAAUGCCCACUGUGGGUUUGGGGACUUGGCAGGCCCCUCCAGAAGUAAUAGAAACCGUAGUAUAUAAGGCGUUAGACCUCGGGUACAGACAUAUCGAUACAGCAUUUAAUUACAACAAUGAGGAGGCUAUAGGCAACGCUAUCAAAAAAUGGAUUAGUGAUGGCAAAGGUACAAGACAAGAUUUAUUUAUUACGACCAAGUUACCGCAUGUCGGUAACCGCGCGUCUGAUGUUAAGAAGUUCCUGGAGCUCCAACUACGUCGGCUGCAACUGGACUACGUGGACUUAUACCUGAUCCAUGUUGCAUUCGGCUUCCACUGCGAUCCGGAGAAAUUGACACCAUUGGUCAAGCCCAAUGGAGAGUACGAAUUGGAUAUGGACACCAAUCAUGUUGAAACAUGGAGGGUAAUGGAGCAGUGUAAACAGGAAGGCCGUAUUCGUAACUUAGGAUUGUCGAACUUCAAUGAAGACCAAAUAUCAAAAAUCGUGAAGGAGGCGACUGUAAAGCCGCAGGUGCUGCAAGUGGAGCUGCACGCGUACUUCCAGCAGAUGGCGCUGCGCAAGUUCUGUGACGAGCACGACAUCAUCGUGACUGCGUACGCGCCGCUCGGCAGCCCUGGCGCUAAAGACCACUUUGUUAGUAAAUAUAAUUAUAGUCCUGACACGUUUCCAGACUUGUUGGGCCUGCCGGAAAUAAAACAGAUAGCGGAGAAACACUCAAAGACGCCUGCUCAAAUACUGCUGCGUUUUUUGGUGCAGCAGCAAAUUGUGGUUAUACCGAAAAGUACAAGCGAGCAUAGAUUAAAGGAAAACAUGGGUAUAUACGAUUUUGAAUUGCUACCAGCUGAGGUGAACGUACUGAAAAAGUUGGACAAAGGCGAAAAAGGUCGCAUUUUCAAUUUCCUCUUUUGGAAGGGUGUUGAAAAGCACCCAGAAUAUCCGUUUAAAUUAUCUGGCUUGGACGCCACACAAACAUAAUCUGUUAAAGAUGUUAUAGCUAAUAACGACAUUCUAGUCAAUUUCUACCUCCGAGUAAUAUAAUUAUUAAUAAUUAUGACAAAGUCAUACCUGCACAGUAGUAGGUAUAUGCAAUAUACGUAGUAUGCUGAAUAGCUUUAUGAAAUGACUGAUGAAAAUGUUAAUUUAUUGUGCUUUGAGCAUAAAUUAUGUUUUAAUUUGGUUUUGUCCCCGAAUAAAAAAUGAUAUGUACA